CACAGACGAUUUGUAAAAGUUCCACUACUAAACAUUCACGGCCGCUGUUUUCUCUAUUCAGAAUAUUCGCGACGAUAAUCGCACGGAACAACAAUUUUCAUCGCUUGUUACGAACGCUUUCUAGGCGGGUGGUGCUUGGCAUUCGCGCAGUCCUCCCGCAGCCGGCAACGUCACCGUUCGACCCUCUAGCUCGAUCGCGCCGCUAACCAAGCGCCACCGCCGCGCCGCAGUUACCGCGCGCUUUGUGACACAUGCUUCGCAAACAUUGCUCUGUUUAACGAUGCGGGCGGCAUUCUGGCUACUUGCGAUCGUCGCGCUCGCAUUCGCCCAAGAUGUAGACGAUAUCGGGGAACCCUGGGUCGAAGAGGAAGAGCUUGAGGAGCCGUACAUGAACGAACGCGAAGAUCACACGCGCAGUAGAAAGGCCGACGUCGAUGAGCCAUACGAGGAGCAAGUACGUGUCAGGAGACGAUGCUGCGACUAUGAGUACGACCCGGCGCCGCCACGCCGCAUGAAGCGGUCGCCCGAGCCGGAGCAAUAUAACAGGAAGCCACGUCAAGUUCACCAAUACGAAGUGCAUGAGUUUAUUGAUGAAGGUUCCUCUUUUCCAUCGCCGCCAUACGAGGAGAUGUUGGCGGCCAGUGCUGAGCACUACCAUAGAGUGUAUGCAGCACCGGGCGCACCGGCUUUCACCCACCAUCACGGUUCUGAAGUGAGUGCAGAAGUGCCUAUUCCACUCAGUUACCAUCCCGUUUCUAAAGUCGUGCAAUUCGCCGCAGCGGGCGCGGGGACUGCUACUCGGCCCUUGGCGAUUUUACCGCCGCAGCAAAAGCAAGGACGUCAAUUGCCUUUAAGAGAGGCUUAUGUCACUGUGAACACUGCUAACCCUGCUUCUGUGUCUGUCAAAGCUAACAAAUCUAUGCCGCCAAGUAGCCCUGUCCAGUUCAUAUCACCGGUCAACACAGCGCCAAUCCCGAUCGCUUUGACGGCGCCAGACGCGCUUGUGGUGGGCCCUGCGCCGGUUCCAUCGGCGCCUGCUCCGGCCGCGCCACCGCAGAGGUUGGCAGGUGACCAAUUUGGCGCGGCCGCCGGUCACCACCAGCAGCAUCAUCAUCAUGUUGAACAUAAUCACAACACUGGCGGCAGACAUGGUCACCACGGCGACCAUGGUCAUUCCGCUGGCGGCGGACAAAAUCACCACGGCGAACAUCACGGUGCCCAUAAGGGAAAGACAUCGAAGGGACACAAGACAAACCACUGGGUAGAUAAAGGCGGCAAAGGCCAUAAGGAAGAUGAGCAUCACCGCAAGGUGUACGCGGAAGCGACAGGCAAAAAACAUAAACACCACGACAAUGCUGGGCAUAAGGGUAGCCAUGAAGAGGAGGCCCACGGCAGCCGCGGUGCACACUUUGAUGAAAAGAAAGGACACAAGAAGGGACACAAGACUAAAGGUUAUCACAACAAGUACCAUAAGGACGAGUUCCACAAAGAACACAAGUUCUACGAUGAUUACCACAAGAGCGGAGAGCAUCACCGCUUCGGCAAAUUCCAUGCUAAACAUGCAAGCAACGAUAGCGGCAAAAAGAAGGCUCAUCACCUCAAUGCCGGACAUGACGUCGUUGAAAAGGGGAAGAAAGGAUACAGCAACAAAGGACACGUGGAUGCAGACCACAAAGGCUACAAAGGUGGGCACGGCCACGAGGAACACCACGAGAAGCACUCCGACUACGGCAACAAAGGUGGCAAAGAGGGUGGCAAGAGCUGGGGCUACAGCAAGCAAUAAUUACUGCACUAUUUCACACUGCGCCAUCCUCGCCACGCCAAAUGUCAAACUUACUUUCGAUGUGCACUGCGUAGCUGCAACGAGACUGAACUUAAACAAUAUUCGAUAUAUUCGAUAAAAUGUACAAUGUAUACGUUAAAAUUAGUUUUUUUCCAAAUUCAAGUGGUGUGUUAAUAGAUGUAGAAUACCUCCUACCGUUAUUUAUGAUCUUAUAGAUCCAAAUCGAAUAAGUAGUAAUACGACAAUAAGAAAUACUAUUUUAUUGUCUACAGCCGCUACCAACCGCAAAAACAUUUGUAUGGAAAACGUUUAACCGCUAGAAGCGCUGUUUAUUAUUUAAGUCUAACAAUUUACGCCGCCAGUGGCAGCGACAAUCAACACUGUAAUCUCUUAAGAGUCUAUACAGCCUCAAAUGGCUUUAGCUGAGUCUACAUAACAGUGAAAGAGUUGAAUCAAUCAUUUUGGAAAAAAUAUAUAGUAAAACUGAGGACAUACACUGAAAAAAACCACAAACUUACCUCGAAAUUUUACAAGAAAACCGCCGUAUUCAAUUUGUACUUUACAUAAAAUAUACCAACGAUUUUUUUAUAUCAACUGGACUAAGUAGAAGACGUAUAAUAUACCAUAUACAUUUUUCAAAUGGAUUAAAUAACGUUUGUGUAAAAAUAUAUUCUGUAAUAAAGCCAGGGUCCCUCCGUUCGACAUAAGCAAAAUGAACCAUGUUAAAAACGGAAAAACUUAAAUUCGAGCUGAGGUAGUAUCUUAAUAGAUUCAAAUUUUGCAUCAUACGAUUUCGACCUAUAGCUACGAUUUAAAAUAAUAAUUAUUUCUUUUUAACUUCCCACGCUUAGUAGGCCACUAGUGUGCUAUUAUAGUCUGACAAUAAGCGUGUCGAUUACUAAAUCUGAUAGAAAUGAAAUCAAACCCAACGUUACGAGUUAAAUAAACUUGCAGAGAUAUAAAAAAGCAAAAAAAAACCAACGAACCAUGUCGACAAUGCGCUGAUUUAACAUCGACGCAAACUUAACACGCCUACUGUCUACAAGAAACCAAAGUAGUAUUUGAUGUUAAAAUACUGUAAUUGAAAGUCACUUUUUUUUUCUUGAAACUUUGUAUUUUUUUGUUCAUUUAUCAGUCAUAAUUUUUUAUAAAAAUAAUUAAAAAGCUAUUCAAAAAUGUUAAUUGGUUACACAUAGUCUCACAUAAACUAAUUUGGUCCAAGUAAUAUGGAGGUUCACGACUAAUUUAGAAUUUAUUUAAUUGUCCGCAGCCAUUUUGUAGCCAAUGUAUAAUCUUAAUAUAAGAUAUUGUGUAAGUUUGACACAGAUUUGUGACUAUUUAGCAUCUCGUCUGUGUCUGUUUCUAUUUAGACCUAAAAAGGCUCUCGCUGUAUCGCUGAAAUUACCACCGCGACAUCACGGUCUAUUAAUUAAAGUAAUGCAACAAAAGCCUUUGGUCAUAGUCUUCUUAUAGUGAUGUUUCUGCUGUAAAUAUAUACUUAAGAGUAAGAUGCGUUUCCAAUGGUACAGGACCGAGUACAAGUUCAAUACGUUUAAAGCCCAAUGUUAAUUAUACUUCAAGAUUUGCAACUGUUUCCUUGUUGUAAAAUCUAUUUUCAAACGUUUGAAAUUAUAAUUAUGCUCAUUUUAAUUAUUAAACUGAAUAAACAAUAAAUUUUGUCAUGUUUUAUUUGUCUGUAAAUAUUUAUGGCACACAAUUUUAAAGACUUGCAUAAUAGUAAACAGUUUUUUUUGCAUUUUCAAAAUAUAAUUAAAGACCUUUUUAUUAGAAGCCGGAAGGGGAGCUUAUUUGAACUAAAUACUAGACGGUUUUAAUUGAAAACGCAGACCUUAUAGACAAACAUUUCAGUGCUUAUCAGAGAAGGGCAAGCGACCGUGUUUUAAUACGGCGUUUUGUUAAUGCUGGGUUUAAAUCGGGUUAACACCCAUUAAUGCCCAAAAUCGAGGGCAAAAACUCUUUUAUUGUAAAUAUUUGUUGUCAAUGGAAUUUCGUUUAAAUUUAAUGAUAUUUUUAUAAAAUGUUUAUUGAUUGCUAAUCUAGACGAUUCGAUGAGGCAAAACGAAUCGUUUAGAUCAGAAAUCAAUUUCUAUUGAAUUGGUUCGCUUGAAAAUCGCAUUGAAAUAAAUCGAUACAAAAAAUCGUUACACUGUCUACCAUUGAAUCGAUUUUCGUACAAAUCGCAUCGUACAUCGUUAGUAGUGAGAAUCCACAGGAUUGCAAGGUAGAUAUUGUCUCUUUCAUAAAAAAAUAUUAUUUUACAUCGAAACUUGUAAUAAGUAUGGAAUUAUACCAAAUUCCAUAUGCGCCGUUUCUGCCCACGAUUUUGGGCAAAAAUAGAUAAAAACUCGAGUUUUGAGAAAAAUAUCAUCUAAAACCCGGGCUAAAAAUAGGUUAUUGGGGUUUAACCUAUCAUCAACCCAACAUCUCUGGUUGUUAUGUAAUUCGUAAAAACUACGACAGGAAUAUCCCAAAUUAAAUUUUAAAAGUAGAAACCCUUGACCUCGUUGAACAUUAGUCAGAUUGUGUAUUACCAGCUU